AUGGCCGGGUGGCUCGGUUGGUUCUUCACCUUCACCUUUCAGGUCGUUCCCCGCGGCCUGUAUUGGUUGAUCACCUUCACGACCAUCUCCCUGCCCACUUGGCUCUUCACCCUCUUCUCCAUGAGCCUAACCUUCACCAUGAAUUUCACCACCCUCAUGCUGAUCUUCCUCGCCAUCGUCUCCACUGUGAGCUGGUUCAUUCGAUACCGCUUCCUCAACAUGUACAGCCGUUUACCUCCCGAGCCCCAACGCAAAGAAGCCCAGAUCGACCUCUUCCCCGACAUCCAAGAAGGCGACUCCAAACCCGGCCUGGCCAACUACCUCGAUGAAUUCCUCAGCGCCAUCAAGGUGUUCGGCUACCUCGAACGGCCCGUCUUUCACGAAUUGACUCGGACAAUGCAGACAAGGAAGCUGAUCGCCGGCGAAACACUUAUGUUGGAAGAGGAAAAGGGCUUUUGUUUGGUGGUGGACGGCCUCGUGCAGAUCUUCGUCAAGUCCACCCGCGAGAACAAAAACGGGUCGGAAGAAAACUUGCACUUGGACGAUGACAGCUCCGAUGACGAGGACAACAAUACCAAUGGCCGACAGGGCUACCAGCUGCUCACAGAAGUGAAGAAUGGCGCCUCCAUGUCCUCUCUAUUCUCCAUCUUGCAAUUGUUCACCGAGGAUAUCCAAUUGCACAAAUCGCGCAGCUCCAGCUCCAGCGCGUCAAGCGUCAGCGGUCGUGGAAAUCCUCGCGCCCCGGAUUCCAUGCCGGUGAGUCCACGCGUCGAAAUGAUGGAUAGCCCACACUCCGCCGUAAGAGAUGACUUAAGCGACACAACCAUCAUGGAUGGCCACCCAGAGCCUUUCGCUCCUGUGCCGCCUUUACAUUUGGACGAUAGGAAUCAUACUCCCAACCGCACACCACAACCACCCCCAAGGCGACGCCGCAAAUCAGUUCACCCAGAUAUCGUCGCCAGAGCGACUGUAGACACCACUAUCGCUAUCAUCCCAGCCAGUGCGUUCCGCCGUCUGACUCGGGUCUACCCACGCGCCACCGCACAUAUCGUACAAGUGAUUCUCACCCGUCUCCAGCGAGUCACAUUUGCUACCGCCCACUCGUAUCUCGGGUUGACGACCGAAGUCCUCAGCGUCGAACGGCAAAUAGCAAAGUACACGACCUGGGAUCUCCCGAAUGAUCUCAGAGGUGGUGCGCUCGACCGACUGAAAGACAAGUUCAUGCGCGAAAGGGAUCGCCUUGGCCCAGAGGAGGUGGUGAAAGGAAUCGCGCUCCAUAACCCCUUCGCUGGACGUAGACGACGCUCAAGCAGCUCACUUAGGAAGGAUGCUGUGCUGCAGUCCCGCAUGACCAGCGAUCAACGGCCCGCCUUGCCGACCCGCCAGUCAAGCAGUUAUAACGGAGACAGUACGGGUGUAAGCCCUGGCGACUUACUGUCCACCAUUCAACUCUCUCGAUUCGGUCCUCGCCAUGAGCUCAUGGGUCCACGCUACGGAACCCCCGUGGCCGAGCGUGAGCGUGCGCCAUUCCGACCAGCAGGAAUUGAUGGCAGACCUUCCCCGUUCCAGCGGAAGGACUCGAUUGAUGAGGACACUAUCUUCCGUGAAUCUAUCCUGGACUGCAUGAUGAAGGGUAUUGGUUUGACUGAAAGUACACGGGAUGCCCUACGGAAAGGUAGUCAUGUCUCAGGUGACGCUUCUCCCAGGCUACUGUCUUAUGAUUCUCGCCGACAAAAGGCUGUCUUCUCCAAUGCCUUUGGCUUCAUCGACCCCUACGAGGGCUCUGGAGAUGGCGAGACCGAGUCUAUGAUGUCCAUGUCGGUGACAAGUGCAGGCGGAACAUCACCCGUUGUCAACCUGCGUGAAGAGCUGCGCCAUGAUAUCGAAGUCGUAUACUUCCCCCAGGGAUCUGUGUUGGUGGAACAGGGUGAGCGCCCUCCGGGCCUAUACUAUGUCAUUGAUGGCUUCCUGGAUGUGGGCAUUCCCGUGAAUGAACGAGGUGAUGAUCUUGUAGGAUCUUCGCGUCCUUCAGCCUCGUCAGCCCAGGAAGAGCUAUUCCCGAAGCUGAGACGUACUACUACUGGUUCCUCACGCGCCUCUGGUGCGACGGGGACUAGUGACUCGCGUCGCAAGUGUCAAUCUCGCAAAUCGCUGUACUUGAUCAAACCAGGCGGUAUGCAUGGCUAUGUCGGUGCGCUCGCAUCCUACCGCUCCUAUACCGAUGUUGUUGCCAAGACCGAUGUCUACGUCGGAUUUCUUCCAAGGGCGUCUCUCGAGCGGAUUUCAGACCGCUACCCCAUUGCUCUGUUGACCCUAGCUAAGAGGAUAACUAGCCUACUUCCCCGUCUGCUUCUUCAUAUCGACUUCGCACUUGAGUGGGUACAAGUUGGCGCCGGACAAGUCAUUUAUCAUCAAGGCGACGAGAGCGAUGCAAUUUACCUUGUCCUGAAUGGACGACUGAGAUCCGUUCUCGAAGGCCAGAAUGGCAAGAUGACUGUCAUCGGGGAAUACGGCCAGGGAGAAAGUGUUGGCGAGCUGGAGGUCAUGACCGAAUCUACUCGACCUGCCACUCUACAUGCAAUCAGAGAGACAGAGCUGGCCAAGUUCCCACGCUCUCUGUUCAACAGCCUGGCGCAAGAGCAUCCCGGAAUCACGAUCCAAGUUUCAAAACUCAUCGCCCAGCGCAUGCGGGACUUGGUCGAGCAUCCCCUGUCCGAAAAGGGUCUUGAACAAGGCCAGGCCAGCGGCGUGCAGACGGCUACCUCCACCAUGAAUCUCCGGACCGUUGCGAUUGUCCCAGUUACAGUGGGGACUCCUGUUGUCGAGUUCGGACAACGUCUGCUCCACGCACUGCACCAGAUUGGUGUGACCCGAGGCGUCACUUCGUUGAACCAAGCUGCUAUUCUAAAGCACCUGGGUCGGCACGCUUUCAGCAAGAUGGGAAAGCUCAAGUUAUCACAAUACCUCGCUGACUUAGAGGAGAAAUAUGGACUGGUGCUAUACAUCGCCGAUACCAAUGUCAACGCGCCCUGGACACAAACUUGUAUCUCACAAGCAGAUUCCAUCCUCCUGGUUGGUCUCGCCGAGUCAUCUCCUAAAAUCGGCGAAUAUGAGCGAUUCCUCCUCGGCAUGAAGACCACUGCCCGCAAGGAGCUGGUCCUCCUCCACGUGGAGCGCUACUGCCCUCCUGGACUAACCCGGCGAUGGCUCAAGAACCGAGUCUGGAUUAAUGGCGGGCAUCAUCAUAUCCAAAUGGCAUUCCGGCUCUCCAACGAGCCCUCACACCCCCAAGCCAAGAAAUUCGGUACCGUCCUCAAGCAACGAGUUCAGAUCCUGCAGGCAGAGAUCCAAAAAUACACUUCACGCCGCAUUAACCAAACACCACUAUACUCGCCCCAAACGCCAUUCAAAGGCGACUUCCACCGUCUCGCCCGUCGUCUCUGCGGCAAAUCUGUCGGCCUGGUCCUCGGCGGCGGUGGAGCUCGCGGUAUCUCCCAAGUCGGCGUGAUCAAAGCCCUCGAAGAAGCCGGUAUCCCGAUCGACAUCAUUGGAGGCACAUCAAUCGGCUCAUUCAUCGGGGCCCUCUACGCCCGCGACGCAGAUGUCGUCCCAAUGUACGGCCGUGCGAAGAAGUUCUCUGGCCGAAUGGGCAGUAUGUGGCGAUUUGCAUUGGAUCUCACAUAUCCAACCGUAUCAUACACAACAGGCCACGAAUUUAAUCGGGGAAUCUUCAAAACAUUCGGCGACAGCCAAAUAGAAGACUUCUGGCUCGAAUUCUACUGCAACACAACAAACAUCUCCCGCUCAAGGGCCGAAUACCAUUCCUCCGGCUAUGUCUGGCGCUACGUCCGGGCAUCCAUGUCAUUGGCCGGUCUCAUCCCACCCAUCUGCGACGAAGGAAGCAUGCUACUGGACGGAGGCUACAUCGACAAUCUAACAGUAGCCCACAUGAAAUCUCUCGGCGCAGACGUAAUUUUCGCCGUGGACGUCGGUUCAAUAGACGACAACACACCCCAAGGCUACGGCGACUCAUUAAGCGGAUUCUGGUCGAUUCUCAAUCGCUGGAAUCCAUUCUCUGGCUUACCGAACCCGCCGACACUUUCCGAGAUCCAGGCCCGUCUCGCUUAUGUCUCGAGUAUUGAGAAUCUCGAGCGCGCGAAGAAUACCUCUGGCUGCCUUUAUAUGAGGCCGCCGAUUGAUCCGUACGGCACGCUCGAUUUUGGCAAAUUCGAUGAGAUUUAUCAGCUCGGUUAUGCGUAUGGGAAGGAGUUUUUGGAUAGGCUUAGGAAUGAGGGGUCGUUGCCUAUUCAUGAGGAGACGGAGGAGAAGAGGAAGUUGCAGCGGACUAUGGCGCCUAGACGGGCUAGUAUUUGA